AUGGGAGUGGUUUGGUGUGCUCUUUGGAUGUAUGUGGUCUCUGAUAGACCCAUGACUCACCCACGAAUCUCUGAAGCGGAGAAGCAGUACAUAACAAAAGCUGUGGAAGAAAGUGUAGGAAAACAUACAGGAAAGCUCGGAAUGUUAUCUGCUAUACCAUACAUUGCUUAUUUUGUUGUGAUUAAUAUUGGCGGAGUCAUCGCCGAUUUCAUUCGUAGCAAGAAAAUUCUUGGAACACUAAACACUAGACGGGCUGCUAUGCUUAUAGGCUGGUGGAAAUGA